AUGGCUUCCUGGAAUUCAGGUCCACUCGAACUCACGUACGAAUUGUUGGGUUGGUUUGCUUUUUCUUGGUGGUCUAUCAGUUUCUACCCUCAAGUCUUCUUAAACUGUCGCAGGAAAAGUGUUGUGGGGCUCAACUUUGAUUUCGUGUUGUUGAAUCUGACGAAGCACUCUUCCUAUCUCAUCUACAACGCCUCUAUGUACUUCAGUUCAGCAGUUCAGAAGCAGUAUUUUGAGGAAUACGGUCAUGGGGAGAUGAUACCUGUAGCUGCAAAUGAUGUUGCUUUCUCAGCCCAUGCGGUUCUGUUGACUGCAGUUACCUUGUUCCAAAUUUUAAUAUACGAGCGUGGAACUCAGAAAAUCUCCAAAGUUGCUAUUGGGAUUGUCUCAGUAGUAUGGCUUACUGCUGCAGUUUGUUUCUGCGUAGCUGUGCCUAAACACUCCUGGCUCUGGCUUCUCUCUAAAUUCAACACAAUCCAAGUAUGUAUGACACUUGUAAAGUAUGUUCCUCAGGCAAUCAUGAACUUCAAGAGAAAAAGUACGGAAGGCUUCUGCAUUUCCAACAUUAUGCUUGAUCUUUCUGGCGCCAUAGCCAACUACGGACAGAUGGUUGUGCAGUCCAUGGAUCAAGGUUCAUGGAACAACUUCUAUGGGAAUAUAGGAAAACUGAUGUUGUCUCUGGUGACUGUAUUCUUUGACACAUUCUUCAUCUGUCAGCAUUUCCUGUUAUAUCCUGCCAAGAAAACUGAGAAAUCGCCGGUGGCUUUUGUGGAACCGGAGGAUGAAAUCAAAGAACAUCUUUUGCCGUGUUCCGAUGAACCACCAACGGCAGACAAUGUGUAA